AACUUCUAAGUUAACUUAGAAGUUAGCAACGCGUGUCACUCUUCACCGAUUUAUAAAAGCAUCGCAAAACCUUACCGUUUACCGUUUACAGGAUGCUGCCACCAAGCCUUGUUAGUACGUACCAGCAGUACAAGGAUGAUACUGAUUCUAUUGCUGGCUGGCUUGCCUCUACGGCAAUGGCUACCGGCUAUGUAUCCGAUUCCUUAACUCCCCAGCUACCCAAGGGGAGACUGAAAGGCAAGGCAAGGGCUGAAGCCAAGAAGCAGCAAGUUCCUUCAUCAAGCAAACCGGCGCCAGUCAAUAAGUACAUUAUCAAGAUCGAGGAGUUCGUACCCCUAGCAGAGUUUAUAGCCUCUCAGCAAGACACAUCUAUUCCAAACUCGUUCAUCACUACCCUGCAUCGAGUCAUUACUACUCAUAGAGGCUUUAGUACUAUGCUUGCCGUGAAAGGGGCCAUCACGGAAGUCGAACACAGCCAUUUUUUAUGCGCCCUUGAGAGGGUACAAGAGAUUCUGAAUCCCGGAAUGAAUGCUAUGUCAACUGGUUCUACUGGAUGCUCCUUUAAAGCUGCCAAGGACAAAGCUGCCAAGGACAAAUCUUACGCGGAGGUUACUGAAGAUGAGCUCUCCAACCAAUUUGCUGGCUUAAAGGUAUAUGAGCCCUCGGAAGAUUUCCUCGAUGCACCCGACAUCGAACGACCAAAGGUCCCCGAGAGCGAUAACGUAGCGUAUGAAGCAGAGUCACCGUCCCUUGAAGAUGUCUUCUUCGCCUUAACACUGCUGAUCAACGAUAUCAACAAGAUUCGAUCUCGCAUCAAAUGGAUAUGGACCAACUAUCGAGAUGGGGUUUUUGAGCUGGCUGCCUGUGCAGUUACCACUAACACCGCUAUUGACCUAGCGCGGAAGCUCAUGGAAGACGUAGUGCCGAUGUUCAAAGAUCAUGGUGGGUUAUGGGGAGUCUUGAAUGAUUUCCACAUUGCCCAUGUGAAGAUGAAAGGAUACGAGCCUUUUGGUAAUUCGCCCAACAGCGACGACAACUUCAACUACGACACGUACGAUAUUGCAGAUGGGACGUACAUUAUAAUCUGCAGAAUCCUGGAUGCGUUUGCUGGGGCGGUGCAGCCUCGAGCUAUUCCAUUAUACGAGGAAGGGGUGUAUGGUUACUACAACCCUCGAAGCGCCCGAGAUUCCAAGUCCGGCUAUCAGAAAUUUGAAGAAGAUCGAUUUUUACUCACGUCGUUCUUCACAGAUCUCAUGGCGGUGGAACGAGGGGUUACCGACUAUCCAGUUGAAGACGAAUUCUUCCGUGGAAUCAAGGAGCUAGCCAAGACUAAAGAAGUGACCUUUCAUCUUAUCUUUGCCGCCCAAGUCUUUCUUGACAUUCACUAUAUACUCCGUGAAAAUGUCGGCCGAGGAUUUGAUACACUCCAAGUGAACCUUCAUUUUUUGGCUCGAGAAAUUGAGGAUCAUUUUGAAUUCCAUACUAAGCACUUGAAAAUUGAUAACUGGCCCGCCAGUAACAACCAAAUAAUACGACAUGUUAAAGGAAAAAUACAGUACGUACUAGAAGACCCCGUACACGAGGCCAAAAUUCAAGUGUACCGCCAACUUCACAAGCCCGUUCCAGCAUCUAUGAAGCCCAAUAAAAUGUUGAAAAUGUCACCGGUUCUCAGCGGCCUUUUACUCUACCAUUUUCGCUCGGACACGCGGGAGAUCGGCAUCAGGCUCGCAGACGCUUAUGGGUCUAUCAAAUACUCAUUGCAUCUGUAUAAUGCCCUACAGAGCGAGAAGUUAAUGUCAAACUGCUGGCCGGAUAUGAAGUUGGUAUGGGCAGUUCUAGGUGAUACAUUCUUCGUUGGAGAUACGCCAAAAGCUCCAGAAGACUACUCUAAAGAGUUUUCCCUCCAAAUGGGUGCAACAGCAGCGGCGUCUACUAGAAAACGCCGCAAGAGCAAGCCCCUGACCUCCCGAUUGGAGCCUCGAGGGCUCAAAGAGGGUAUACCAGUCUCCUCCAUGUUUAUGAAACGCUACCUACAUGGAACGGGACAGGUAGAUUGGACGGCCGAGAAUGUCGCCAAAAUCGUCGACCUUAGCCUGUGGGAGACAGAAGGUUUGGAGGAAGAGGGAACUUUGAAGCUGGGAAAAAUCGACGCCGAGAAGCUCAAACAAAAGCCGAAAUCAAUCAAAGCCAACAAAUUCUCAAAGUUGCCACCGGAACAACUCAUUAAAGCCCUUAUGUUCGCAUUGCAAGGUGAGGCCCUUGAGUUGGCUAUCCCUUACACUGCAAUGCACCGUGAAUGCUGGGAACUCUUACGGGCCGUACGGAAGCAUUGUGGUCCUCUACUUCGACAAAAGUUCACCUCAAAGUAUAUGGAGCGGGAAGUGGAGCUGCCAUAUGUAGUGGGCUGGAUAUUCACGGCUCUUCGCGAAGGUGAUGAUAAGCUUCUAGCAGAAGCUGGUGUUGCCGUUGCCAAGUUCAUCCGAUCAGAUGGCAAGAAGGUCCUGAACUUGCUAAAAAGCAUCAGAGUACCAGUGGCAUUCGUCGGAGAAGAGGGAGUAUAAGCUGUGGCACGAACUUCAACGCACCCCUUUUAUCCAAACCGCUAGGAUAGUCAAGAAGCCUCGAUAUAGCAAUUUGAUGUAAAUGUCUGUAAAUGUCUUCUACUCUGUUUGUAUUCUACACA